UCGGCGGCCUGAGCGACGUGCACGUGAUCAUGCCGCACGCGGUCAGCCCCGGCGACGACGUGUACAUGCGCUGCCGGUACAACCUGGACAACGACCAGCUGUACACCGUCAAGUGGUACAAGGGUCGGCAGGAGUUCUUCCGCUACGUGCCCAAGGAGCUGCCCAACACCAAGGUGUUCCCGCUGCCCGGCGUCAACGUCGAUGUGAGCCUAUCCGACGCCCACCAGGUGGUGCUCAAGGCCGUGCGCCUCAACAUGUCGGGCAAGUACCGCUGCGAGGUCUCCGCGGACCAGCCCAACUUCCACACCGAGAUGGUGGCCGGCGAGCUCCACGUCGUGUACCUGCCCGGGGACGACAGCCCCGUGCUGAUGGCCGAGAAGCAGCGCUACUCCAUCGGCGACACGCUCCGCGCCAACUGCACCGUGCGCGGCGCGCACCCCGCCGCCAACGUCACCUGGCUGCUCAACGACGUCAAGAUAAACUCCUCUUCGGAACGGACCUUCCCGACCCCGCUGGGCUACGGCCGGCCGGGGAGCAAGGCCGGCAAGCAGCAGUCCCCGGCCGCCAACCGCUACGCCGUGGCCGCGGCCGCGCUGGAGGACGAGGCCAAGCGCGUCACCACGCUGUCCACGCUGGAGCUGGAGGUGGGCCCCGAGUCGUUCCAGUACGGCAAGGCACGCCUGCAGUGCCGCAGCGCCAUGUGGGCGCUGUGGGAGCGCAACGCCAUGCUCACCCUGGAGGAGGAGCGCCCCCGCCUCGCCUCCGUCAUCGGCACCGGCGAGACCAGUGCAGGCUGGCCGCGGUUCGCCGCGGGGACGGUGCUCGUGUGGGCCGCGGCGCUGUGGACGCUGCUGCUGGCGCGGUAGCGGCCACCCCUCGGCCUCUAGAGGAGCGGCGGACGCACGCUGAGGGAGG